AUGACGACAUCUACUGAUGGCAAUGAUCUGUUGAAAGCAUGGUUGAACAAUUGGAUGUCUGCGAAUAGUGCAACUGCGGUUGCUGGACCGGAUGCCGAGCAGAGGGCGAAGGAAAUUACUGCGAAGUUGAAGGGCAAUGUGGAGGAAGCAUGGGAUAAAUUGAAGACUUCCCUCCUAUUGUCAGAAGCGGAUGAAAUAACGAACCUCUGUGAACGGGAACCGUGGAAUGUGACUACGAAGGGUAGUGGUGGAAAGAGUUUCGAGGGGGAGUAUAAGAAAGAUCUGUGUAAAGGAUUAAUGGGUAUUCGUUAUUUUAUGAGCGGAAUAACGGAAAAAACGGGGCGGCAGGUGACAGUCGAAGAGGAUCUCACCGAAGAUCAAUGGUUUGCCCGCUGCACCGUGGGUACGCUCGCCCUCUCUGACAUUUAUGGGGAUCAUUGUAAGUUAAAUGAAGUGAUAAGUGGGAUUUCGGAGGAAGUGGAGGGGAACUUAAAGAAAUACUUGACGGAUGUGAAAAAUCAGGCCAUGAUUAAAAAAUGUGUAGGAAAAGUGGAUUCUACCGCUUUAAUGAUUGGUAAAGCAGUCCUUGGGGGUACUAUUAGAAAGUGGGCACAGGAGGAAAGGAUAAAGGAAGAGGAAAAUGGAAAAGCUUGGAGGUUGGGGCAAUUAUGGCAGGAUAGGUGGAAACAUGUUUGCAGUGGGGAUAAGAAGAGUUUAAGAAUAACGGACGGAAAGAGAAAAGAAGAGUUAAAUAAGAAUAAGGACAGCAUGGUACAAUUCAUGAGUCUGGGUAACGGUCAAAGUAGUAGUGGUGGACAAGCAUCUACCGUAGCAGAUAUACUGGCGGAUCCUGACAAUAAUUACACAUUCAAAGAAGACGCAUUACAGAAAGUAUUUAUGGAAGCAAUAGAGAGCGCCAGUAAUGGUGGUACUGGCACUAUUGGCUCCGAUGAAUUGACGAAGGCAAUAACGGAGAACUUAGAGAAGGUAACUGAGGAAAAAACAGGUAA